AUGCCGCUGACCCUGACCCUCCUGUAUUUGACCCCAUAUCAGCACCAUUAUUCUUGGGUAGUCUCCGUUUUCAAUUCUGCAGCUGCCUCAUUCUAUGCACCGAGUGAUCUUAGUGGCACUGGAGGUAUGCAACGCGAACAUAUCCAUGCACUGCGGCACAAUUGUGUCUUUGUCAACAUGAACACUGAUACUGAUCUUAUGGGUGGUCUUGCGGUUGCACGACUGCUCUGCUUUUUUUCUUUUAACAAUUGCACAUCAUUUUUUUCAAUGUGCUGUUGUUCGGUGGUUCUCACAUGUUCUUGA